GAGACUGCCUGAAUUUACUUCCCACGCUUUUUGGCAGGUCAUGUAUGAUGCUUCUGGUGUAAGACUUCAUGCUGGUCGUCAGGCUGAGUUACUGAAUCAGAUUGUUUGUGAGCUACCUCCUGAGCACCCUCUUUCCAAUGCUAGACCUCUUCGAGAUUCACUUGGCCAUACUCCACUUCAGGGUCUUGCAGGUGCUGUAUUGGGAUGUGUAGUAGCGUUCGUUGUGAGAAAUUCCAAUUGAGUGAAGGUGGAUGGUGAUGUCUGAUUUGCCAUAUUGUUUUGCUUGAACCCCGUUUUCACUGUUCACGUGUAUUAGUAUUCUUUGUUUCCUGAGCAUUUUCUUUGGAGCUAGCAAACCAAAAUGCCUUCAUUUUGCUUCAGUUCACAGUCUUUUGAGGUAGAGACUUUUCUAGUUCAGUUAAAAGAUGAAAAUUAGAAUAGACUCAUAUCUCAGCUAUGCGAUGUGUAGUGGUAAAGGAAUAUAUAAUUCAAUGAAAUUGAAUUUAAUUG